AUGGGCAAUUGUGAAGCCAACUUAAGGAAAUGGACCCAUCGAAAGGAUGCUUCGCCAGUCGCCUCUACCGGGCACUCGGAACCGCGUGAUUCUGCGGAAAAUGGACGUACUAGUACCCCGUCUUCUACAUCAAAACUGAAAGAGCACAUUAAUGAACAGACGAGCAUGAAAGACAACCUUCCCACAGCGCUGUCUUCGAGUCCAAAGAUCAUCCGUGCACCACCACACCUCGGCAGCCCCAUCGUACUCACAUCCGGACCUCGCGCGCAACCGAAAAAGGCCAAGUCGCAUACAAUGCAAGACGCCAAGAUCACAAAACCGCAACCACGCACGCCACCGCGCAGCAAUCUCAAGCGUCGCCGCUCCUUCAGCGACGACGAUGACGGUCCCGCGCGCGACCAGGAAAACGUCGAGCGUGCCAGACCCUCCACACCGAAGCGCCAGCGCACAUGUCCGCCCACCCUCCCUCUCGGCCUCGAGCGCGAGGACUUCGACGCACUGAAACCCGUCGCCACACCACCGCACACGCCCGACGCGAAGCCUCCACCCGCGCGCGCAUGCCGAGGCGACAACGACCCCGAGUGGUCCACGGGCGACGACAGCGCGCUCGUCGCGCUCAUCCUCAACAAACUGCGCCUGCGCCAGAGCGACUGGGACGAGUGCGCCAGGCGGCUCGGCAAGGAAAAGGACAGCAUCGGCAAGCGCUGGGCGCACCUGCUCGGCGAUGGCGAAGUCGGCCUGCGCAGGGGUUCCGGCCAGCAGAAGAGGGGCAAUGUGCACAAGAUGGAAUUCGGGCCCCCACUGCCGGCGGUGCCUGGGGAGUGA